GCGUGGCCCAAUAGAAACCCACAUUUCGGUGAAGUGUAGUAAGCUUAUCACUUCUCUCCUUCAACGGAAUCGAAUUCGCAGCCGCUGUCUCUCUCUAACAACAGCAACAUAAGAAGGUUGCAUUUUUUUUCAGCUGGAAUAAAAAAUUCUCUCUUUUUCUCUCUCUCUGAAAAAGCAGGCAAUGGCAGCGGCCGCGGCACCGGCAAUGGUGGUGAACGGAGGAGGAGUGAAGGUGGCAUCGCAAGCCUAUCUGGAGAGCAAGGCUGUGAAGGACACGAGGGUGUUAAUAGCUGAUCUCUGCCGCCAGUUCUACAACCUUGGAUGGGUCUCUGGGACUGGUGGUAGCAUCACCAUCAAGGUCCACGAUGACUCCAUCCCUAAACCUCAACAGCUCAUCCUUAUGUCCCCUUCUGGUGUGCAGAAAGAAAGAAUGGAACCAGAAGACAUGUACGUAUUAGCUGCAAAUGGGGAUAUCUUGUCUUCCCCAUCUCCAAAGCCUUAUCCAAACAAGCCUCCUAAAUGUUCUGAUUGUGCUCCUUUAUUCUUGAAGGCAUAUGACAUGCGAAAUGCAGGAGCUGUUAUUCACAGUCACGGUAUUGAAUCCUGUAUUGUAACAAUGGUCAAGCCAGCCUCAAAAGAAUUCAGAAUUACUCAUAUGGAGAUGAUAAAAGGAAUCAAAGGUCAUGGCUAUUAUGAUGAACUUGUUGUACCAAUAAUAGAGAAUACAGCCUAUGAAAACGAGCUAACAGAUUCUCUUGCUAAAGCUAUAGAAGCCUACCCCAAAACAACAGCUGUGCUUGUUCGCAACCAUGGCAUCUAUGUAUGGGGAGACUCGUGGAUCAAUGCCAAAACUCAGGCUGAAUGUUAUCACUAUCUAUUUGAUGCUGCAAUAAAACUUCAUCAACUGGGGUUGGAUUGGUCUACUCCAAGCCAUGGGCCACUUCAAAAUGUCAAAGGAAUUCUAGGUAAUAAUGUAAUGAACACAUCUGUGAAGGCGGUAAUGAAGGAUUCAAACCAUGAAAUUGAGCCUUUGCCACGCUGCAUUGUCCUCGACAUCGAAGGGACUACCACUCCCAUAUCAUUUGUUGCUGAUGUUCUCUUUCCAUAUGCCCGUGAUAAUGUUGGGAGGCAUUUGUAUGCAACAUAUGAGACUGCAGAAACUCAAGAUGAUAUAAAAUUGCUGCGCUCCCAAGUUGAAGAUGAUCUGACCCAAGGUGUUAAUGGGGCUGUGCCUAUUCCUCCAGAUGAUGCAGGGAAAGAGGAUGUAAUUGCCGCUUUGGUUGCUAAUGUUGAAGCAAUGAUAAAAGCAGAUCGAAAGAUCACCGCCUUGAAACAAUUACAAGGCCAUAUAUGGAGAACUGGAUUUGAAAACAAUGAAUUGGAAGGAGUAGUUUUUGAUGAUGUACCAGAAACACUGGAGAAGUGGCAUUCCUUGGGGAUCAAGGUGUAUAUAUAUUCCAGUGGUAGUAGAUUGGCUCAGAGACUUAUAUUUGGAAAGACAAAUUAUGGAGAUCUGAGAAAAUAUUUGUCUGGAUUUUUUGAUACUGCUGUGGGGAACAAAAAAGAAACACGCAGUUAUGUUGAAAUUUCAGACUCUUUGGGAGUUGACAAACCAUCUGAGAUUUUGUUUGUCACUGACGUCUUGCAAGAAGCCGUAGCUGCAAAAGGAGCAGGUUUGGAGGCAGUGAUUUCUAUCCGGCCAGGAAAUGCCCCGCUUCCAGAGAAUCACGGAUUCAAAACAGUUAAAACUUUUGCAGAAAUCUGAUGAAAUCAGACUUGUAUUUGUGUAAUGACACUAUAUAUGACAUGAUUUGAAACACAAAUGUAUGCAUAAAAUAAAAGACCAUGUCAGCUUUCUUAUGUCCAA